AUGGAUCGACUUCUCAAAGAUUUAAUAACACAUCGUGAAAAACUUGAACAAUGUCUUGAUUUAAGUCAUAAAAUUCAUUUUCAAUUAAAUGAAUUUAAUAAACAAUAUCUUUUUUAUGAACAAUGGAUAAAUAAUAUUCAACGAACAGUUGAAACAAUUUUUGAAGAAAAAUUAACAAUCGAUGAAAAAUUACAACGUUUACAUGAUAUACAAAUUGAAUUAGAUAAACGAAAACAAAUUCUUAAUAAUCUUACACAUGAUUAUCCACAAAUAGAUCAAUUAAUAAUUAAAUCUAUUCCAAAAUUAAUUGGAAAUAUUGAUAGAAUCAAAACCAAUGUUACUCGAAAACAAGAAGAAUAUGAACAACAAAAUCGACAACAAAAAGAUUUUCGUGAACGUAUUGAAGUAUUAUUCGAAUGGAUUAAACAAACUCAUCGUUAUGAGCCAUUAAAUGAUAAACGUGAUGCAGAAUCUCUUCAACGAGAAUAUACACGAUUAAAUGAAAAACAACAACAAAUUAAUGAGAAAUCAAAAGAUAUUGAUGCACUCUUACGAAAUAUUAAUAAUUCUAAAUUACCAAGUGAUUCUUUACAAAAAUUACGUCAAGAAAUUGAUCAUUUGAAAGAACGUCUUAGCGAAUCAGCGAAUGAACUUGAAACAAGAAAUAAAUUUAUUAAAAAAUCAAUUCGAGAUGUCGAUGAACUACAACAAAAACAACGUAGAUAUCAAGAAUCACUAACUAAACUUUCUUCACUAGUAGAGCAUGAUGUACAAAUACCUGGCAGAUCUGUCGAAGAUGCAUUAAAAUCUCUUGAUGAUCAAAUGAUUAAACAUGAAACAAAAAAUGAACAACGAGAACGACGUAAACGUCAAUAUGAACGUGAAUGGCAUUUAUUAAUGGAUGAAAUAAGUUUAUUACAAGAUAAAUUAAAUACAUUAAAACAACGAAAAGGAAAUACAUAUGAUACAAUUGAAGAACAACUUCAUUUCAUACGAAAUCAAAAUCAAGAAUUAAAUCAAUGUCAAGAUGAAUUAGUACAUUUAAAAAAACAUGGACAAACUAUAUGUUUUGAAGAUGGAAAUUCAUUACCAUUACCUUCAGAAAUUCAUCUUCUACAAUCGAUGAUAACUUAUUUAAAACAACAAUUUGAACAACGUCAUGAAGUUUUAAUUGAAGCUCAACGUUGUCGUGAUAUUUAUUUAAAUGAAUGUAAAUUAUAUGAAGCUGCAUAUAGUUUAUGUAUGGAACGUUUAAGUCGUUCAAUACCAUUACCAUCUACAAGUGAUGAAUAUGCACGUCAAUUACUUGAACAAAAAAAUUAUAAUGAACAAAUGGAUGAAAAACGACGUUGUUUAAAUAUUUUAUAUGAUAAACUUGAUCGUGAAACACGUACACGUUAUUUUAAACAACAUCAUGAUUUAGAAAAACGUUCAAAUGAUUUACAAGAUAAAAUGAUACAACAAACAAUACGUUCUGAAUAUUUCUUACGUAUAUGGAAAGAAUAUCAAAUAAGACUUAAUGAUAUAAUUCAUCAAUUAAAUGAUAUUGAAAAACAAUUACCAUUAAAUAAACGUUUAAUUCAAUUUCAACAAAUACAAUCAACUUUCAUUCUUUAUAAAGAUUUAAAACAACGUUUAAUAUUAAUUGAACCAGAAUUAUUACAUUUAAAUGAUGAAAUACAAACCCUUUGUAGAGAAUUAAAUGUAAUUUCAUUAAAAAAUGAUAUUCAACAUGUGAAAGAAAAUUUCCAUCGAAUUGCAAGUGAUAUUAGAGAAAAAUUCGAUAGUCAUAAAGUUGCAACGACACUUGCAAAUGACAUAAAACGUAAUUUAGCUAUUCUUGAAGAUACAUUAGGACAAUGUUCAAAUGAAUCCCAAACGCGUUAUGAUGGCAAUGUUAGUGAACUUAAAAUUCAAUUAGAAAAAAUGAUGGAUGUGGAAAAACGUCUUGAAAAUAUUGCAGAUAUUUAUUCAAAUACAAUAACAUUAAUAAAACGUUUAACAACUUAUAAUCUUUAUGAUUUACAAUCAAUAGAAGCUAAUUUAGAAAACUUUCAUCAUAAAUGGAUAUCUCUUAAAACAGAAGUUUUACGAAAUGAAAAUAUUCUUCAUCAAAAUAUUAUUAAUAAUUUACCAUCAAGACAAGCUUGUAAAGAAAUGUUUGUAUUUGUUGAUACAAUUAAACGUUUAUUGGAUGAUGAUCAUGGUGCACAAAUUAAUAAUAAAGAAACUUUACAAAAAUUAAUCAAACGAUAUCGAGAUAUGCGUGUUGAUGUACUCAAUCACCAACGUACAAUUGAUUUUCUUAAUGAAUCAUUUCAAAAAGAAGCUAAUGUAGAUUUAACAAGUAUUGAUUAUAUGGAAAAUAUUAAACAAAUUAAUAUUGAUUGGAUUAAAAUAAAAUCAUUGAUUUCAGCUCGAAUUGAUACAUUAGAACAACUCAAUGAUCAAUUUAAUGAAUUUGAUCAAACAGUACGUACAUUAUCUGAUUGGGUACACGAACAAACAUCAGAUCUUGAAUUUAUGCGUACGAGAAAUUUAGAAGCCGGUGCUAAAGAUAAUAUAAGAAGAUGCAAUGAAAUAGAAUUUCAAUUAACAUCAAAACAACAAAUUCUUACAUCAUUAAAAUCUUAUAAUGGUCGUAUGAUAUCAUCAUCAUCAACAUUUCGAAUUACUGAUCAAGAUGGUACAAUCCAAAAUUUACGUCAUAUGCUUGAUAAUUUAUCACCAUCCAUUGAACAAUUAAAAUUAAAAUCGAAAUCAAUUUUAACUGAUUGGCAAGAAUAUAAUCGUGUUUUACUUCAAAUGGAGAAAAUUUUACGUGAAGCUGAAGCAGAAAUUGAUCGAAUUGAAAUUAGUGCAAUGAAUGUUGAAACAUAUGAAAUGAGUACAAGAAAAGCACAAGAAUAUUUACAAGCAAUGGAAUCACAUCGACAUAAUUUCGAUCAAAUAACAGUUCAUGAUCGUCAUUUAUCUGAUCAAUGUGAUGGACAAACAUCUUCAAAAAUUAAUGAAAUAACAAUUCGUAUUCAACAACGAUGGACCAAUGUUCAACAACGUUUACAAGAAAUAAUUAAACCAUCACGAGAAGUUGUUGAUAUUUGGAGACAAUUUAAUAAUUCUUAUGUUCAUUUACUUGAUCGACUUGGAGAACUUGAAGCAAGAUGGUAUACAAUACAACGAGAAAAAUUUACAUCUGAAAUUGAUUCACUUUUCGAUAAAUCUAAAGAUUUUCAACAACGUCUUGAACAACUUUAUUUAGAAGUUACUAAAAUAAAUGAAUAUGCAAAAAAAUUAAGCAAUUAUUUACCUCCUAUAGCAGCUAAAAAGAUUGAUACUCAAUAUUCUGUUAUUAAAAAUCAAUAUUCAGAAUUACAAAAUUUUCAAAAUAAACUUUUAACUGAUUGUAAUGAAUUAAAACAUCGUGAAAAAAUUUAUUUAGAUUAUUUAAAUGAACUUACACAAGCUAUUAAUCAAGCACAAACUAUACUUAAAUCACAAAAACUUACUGAUGAAAAUGAAAAUUUUAAUUUAAAACAACUUCAUGAACUUGAUAAUCUUCUACAAUCGAAACGUAAUCUUAUUGAACGUUUAAAUUCAAAUGAAUUUAUUUUAUAUAUGAAACGAGCUAAACAUUUACAUGAACUUCUUAUUGAAUAUACAUAUUGUAUUGAUUUAAUAAAAACACGUUUAAAACAAAUUGAAAUAAAUGAAUAUAAUAAAUUAAAUUUUGAUAAACGUUGUCAAAAAUGGAAUGAUUAUAUUCAAGCUAUUGAACAAAAUUUAUCUGUUAUACAAGAAAAUAUUCAUACAAAUUAUCAUGGUUUAAUUGAAAUUGAUACAAAUUUAUCAAAUACAAUUAAUGAUUUUAAUCAACGACAACAAGAAUUAAAAGAAUUAAUUAAUGAAGGUAAACAAAUUAUUGAUAAUCAACAUAUAUUUAUUAAAGUUGAACAACGUUGGCAAAAUAUAAUGAAUACUAUUUUAAAUAAACAAAAAGAAGUUAAAGAAUUAAUUAAACUUUGGUUAUCAUAUCAAAAUUAUUUAGAAAAUUAUUAUCGUUUAUUAAAAAAUAAAUGUGAAUUAGAACAAAAAGAAUUACAAACAGCAACUAUUAAUAUAAUUAGUCAAAUAAAACAAGGUUCAUAUACAACAAUUAAUCAAAAUGAAGAAUUAAAAAAUUUAUUAGAAAAAAUUUAUGAAACAAAUCGACGUUUAAUUAAACAUGCAGAUACAAAAACACAAGCAAUUUUAGAAAAAGAAUUAAAUGAUUUACAUAAAGCUAUUCAUGAUAUUGAUAUUAAUAUUAAACAAAAACGUGAAACACUUGUGACAUUACUCCUUCGAUACAAUGAACUCGAUCGAACAUUAGAUGAAUUAAGUACUAUUAUAAAAUCAAUUCGUUCACUUCAACAACAAUCAACUGAUGAUUUUGAUCAAUUUCUUGUACAAUGUCAAAAUAAAAAUCGUGAACUUACACAGCAUCGAACUGAAUUACAACGUGUACGACAAGCUAUAACAGAAAUAUCUUCUGAACUACAUCCUGAUGAUACACGUCAAUUAAUACAAAAAUUAAAUUUACUUGAAAUUCAAUGGACUGAUGCUGAACGUACUUUAACAGCACUAAUUGAUAGUCUUACGAAAAGACGUUCAGAAUAUCAAGAUUUUGAAAAUAAAUUUCUUCGAUUUAUUCAAUGGUUUGAAAAUUUUAUUAAUAAUGAAAUAAAUCAACGAUUAGAUGGUUUAACAAUUCAAACAAGUCUUGAAAUUUUGAAAAAUGAUAUUAGAAAUAUUAUUACAGACAAACGAAAAUAUGUUAAUGAAUUAUUAAUUCAAGCACGUCUUUUACAAUCACAAUCAACUGAUCAAACACAAUUACAAACAAUUAAACAAAAAAUUGAACAAUUAGAACAGAUUAUGGAUACAGCAGAACAACAUGUAGAGAAAAGAAUUAAAAAAACAGAAAUUACUUAUAAAAUGUUCAAUGAUUUUGAACAAGGUUUUGAAAAUAUUCGUUCAUGGAUGGAUACGGUUGAAGUAAAUUUACAACGGCCAUUAACAACACAAAAUACGAAUGAAUUUCAUAUUCAUCAACAAUCAAUCGCUGUAGGAAAUCAUUUUGAAAAGAGAUCUAUAACUAUUGUUGAGUUUCAGGAAAUCGAAACGGAUAUUGAAAAGCAUAGUACUGUGAUUAGUAAUCUUCUUGCACUUGGUCGUAAUCUAUUAAAUGAAACUGAUAUAUCUUCACGAAAUCUCGAUUCAUUAUCGCGUACAGUUCAAACAUUAGAACAAUGUUGGUUAUCAUUAAAAGAACUAAUAAUAAAACGAAAAUAUGAAUUGGAUAAUGUUCAUAGUUCAUGGCGAAACAUUGAUGAGGCUAUAAAUCGUAUAUCAAAAAUGAUUAGUGAUCAUGAGCGUUUUCUAACUGAAGUUAAACGAGCAAGUGGUGAUGGUUUACAAGGUGUUCGUAAUGAAUAUAAAAGUCUUGAGAAUUUUAAAAGAACAUUGGAUCAUGAUGAUAAAGAAAUUCAACAGCUAGCAAAUAGUUAUUCGGAAAUUAUUCGCUUCUAUCCAACAGCUGAUUCCAAUAAUGAAAUGCGUAUUCGAAUAAAAGAUCUUAAUAAUCGUUGGGAAAAAUUAAACGAAACAGCCCACGAAACACUGAAACAUCUAAAAUAUAUGUUAAGUGUUCAUGGUGAUUUCCAAUUAACACAAGAUUCAUUAGUACUUUGGUUAACAGAUCUUGACGUAUUGUUAACAAAUCUUGAACAUUUAUCUGAAGCACCCACCAGUGACAAAAUUCAACAAUUAGAUGAUAUGGAUCGUGAAAUUCAAGAAAAACAAGCAAAAAUUGAAUAUGUUCAAAAAUGUGCUAAUUAUUUACUUACUAAAACUAUUGAUGCUCGUGGUUUAACAAUAAAUAUGAAUGAAUUAGCUAAAUUUCUUCAACAAUUAAGAAAUUUAACAAAACGUAUUAGAAAGUUAAAGCAAAAUUUAAUGAAUCCGUGUGAUCAUCAUUUGGACUUAAUGAGUUCAACGCAUGUUUCUCCAGUUCGUAUUUCUACAUCACCAACACGUAAACGUUUAGCUUCUCCAUCACCACCAAGAUCUCGAUCUCCAAAUCGUUACGUUCGUUGUCGAGAUCGUUUUCUGUGUUCAUAUGAUAAAAUUGAAUUGGAUGAUUGUCGCCAACGUGCAGAUAAACUUUUAGCUGAUUUUGAAGAUAUUCUUCUUCAUAUUAAUGCAGAUUUUCGCUCGAAAGAAGAAAGUCUUCAUUCACUGACACCAAUUGGUGUUCAAAUUGAUAGUUUACCUACGGAUUUUACUUAUAAUCGAAUAUUAACAUCUACUCGAAGAAAAAUUGAUGCAUUACGUGAAUUUAUUCUUCAAAUAAAACAAGAAUUAGGUGCAUAUUUAAUUCAAGAUCUUAAUAAUGAUCCAAUUGUACUUGAUAUUAUGAAUAAAUGGACUCAUUUACAAAGUUUAGCUAAUGACAAAGAUGAUCAAUUAAAUCAAAAUCGUCAGCAAUGGAAACAUUUUAAACGACAACUAGAAGAUCUUGAACAAUCAGUUCAAGAAUUUUCGAAUUCUGAUCAUUUAUUAACACGAACAAUUUAUUCCAGAUCUGAUGUAAAUGAACGAUUAGAUGAAUUUGAACUACUUUUAAAAUCAACAAUUGAUUUAGCCAAUCAAUUUAAUGAUAAUUCAAAUGAAUGGAUAAUUAUUGAACAUCGUCUUCAAUCAAUAAAAGAUAAAUUUCAUUAUUUAUUAACUAAAUCAAAUCGGCAACCCCGAGAAUUAAAAACAACCGCAGAUGUAAAACAUGAAAUGUUAGAAAUAAGUUCUCAAUUAGAUCAUCUUGAAACUUUAACACAUUCAUUAGAACCGAUUGACAAUAAUGAAAUAAAUCAAAAUAUAAAUCGAACAAAACUUCAUCGUUUUAUUCGUAUUCAUGAUGAUCUUGAAAUUCUUAAUCAACGUUUAAUUAAGAUUAAUGAUCAUUCAAUAUCUAUUUUAUCAAAUGAUCAAAUACGUCAAACAAAUGAUUUAAAAUUAUUAUUUGAUCGUGUAAAUUCAAUAAAACGUGUUGUUAGAAUUUAUCUUGAUCAAUUAGAAAAAUUAUUAGCACAAAAUGAAAUAAAUCAAAAUUUUUCAUUAUCUAAUUUUUCACAAUUACGAACAUUAAAUAAUAAUUUUCAACGUAUUUAUCAAUGA